UCUGAGCAACAUUUUAAUUUAGACAUGAAGGGACUGGAUGAUCUGUGGUGAAAUAUUCAAUGCAAACAGAGUCAGAAGAACUCUGAGGGAGUGAAGAUGAACUGUUGGGGUUUUAUUUGACUUUGGGGACUUUUUACGCGCGUGGAUCAUCUGCCGUGAACGUGGUCAUCUGACUGAACAGUUUGUCCGUAAAAGCGUUCAUUUUGACUUUUUGAUUCACAUUUGAACGUUUUAAACUCCAAGUAAUGACAGGCUCAUCGAAACUGAAUUAUGGAGCACGUGUCAUCCUCUUUUAUGCACAGCUCGUAGUUUUCUGGACACACCUCAAGUGGCCUCAUAACAGAUAACCCAGAGAAAGACUUUUUUAGUUUGACAUAGACUGGAGCAGAGGACUUUCUAUAUUUCUAAGUCAUCUAAAAAGGAGAUUAAUACAGGAAUCACUUGUUAGUGAGACAAAUGGCAGAUGAAUAUGAACAGUCUGGUGCGUCAGAGUUUAUUAAAGACCGGCUGUACUUUGCCACUCUUCGGGUCAGACCAAAGAACACAGCCAACACGCACUACUUCAGCACGGACGAGGAGUUCAUAUAUGAGAGUUUCUAUGCAGACUUCGGGCCCCUCAACCUAGCCAUGCUGUACAAAUACUGCUGCAAAGUCAACAAGAAGCUCAAGUCGUUCACCAUGUCUAGAAAGAAACUGGUCCACUACACCAGCCAUGACCAGAAGAAGAGAGCCAAUGACGCUGUUCUUAUCGGUGCCUACGCUGUAAUCUAUUUGAGAAGAAGCCCAGAAGAAGCCUACAGGACUCUGAUCUCAGGAAACAACACCGGCUACCUGCCGUUCAGGGAUGCAGCAGUGGGAGAAAGCUCCUUCAACCUCACCGUCCUUGACUGCUUACAAGGAAUACGCAAGGCUUUACAGCAUGGUUUCUUUGACUUUGAGAGCUUUGAUGUUGAGGAAUACGAACAUUAUGAGCGUGUAGAAAACGGGGACAUGAACUGGAUCAUUCCAGGGAAAAUUCUGGCAUUCAGCAGCCCUCACACUCGCAGUAAGAUAGAGAAUGGUUAUCCUCUCCACGCACCAGAGGCGUAUUUUGCAUACUUUCGCCAAAAUGACGUCACAGCCGUGGUCCGCCUAAACAGGAAGUUGUAUGAUGGGAGGCGGUUCGAGGAUGCAGGAUUUGAGCACCAUGACCUCUUCUUCCUAGAUGGGACCACGCCAUCUGACCUCAUCAUCAGGCGCUUCCUGCACGUGUGUGAAAGUACUGAAGGAGCCGUGGCUGUGCACUGUAAAGCCGGCCUGGGCCGUACAGGCACUCUGAUUGGCUGCUACCUGAUGAAGCACUACCGGUUCACUGCAGCUGAAGCCAUCGCUUGGAUCAGAAUUUGUCGGCCUGGAUCCGUCAUCGGCCCCCAGCAGAACUUCUUAGAAGAGAAACAGCACAGUUUGUGGGUCCAGGGUGACGUCCAUCGCUCCAAACAGAAACUGGUCCAGCAGAGACUGAUGCGACGGCAGCAGCUACAGCAACAGAGUCAACAGCAGCUUCACAGUCCUGACUCUGAGGGAGGGAGACCGGAAGCCAUGUCCCGCCUACUCUCCAGCAUGGAUGACCUGUCAAUCAACACCACCCUUUACAAAUCAUACAGCAUGGAUGAGAGUAACUGCAAGGAAGCCGGUCAAACUCAGGGAGACAAACUGAGAGCACUGAAGGGAAAACGGCCACCCAGAUCGGUCUCCAGCUCGUCAAGGUUAAACCUGUCCAAGGCCUCUCAUUGCUCCAUUCUUCCACCAUCUAAGUCCCCUAAAAUCCCCCUCUCCUUCUCCUCCUCCUCUUCCUCUUCUUCUAAGAGGCUGGUUCGGAGCUCCUCCUCUUCCACCUCACAGAUCAGGAGUCCCUUCAGCCUCAGUCUGUUCAGCACCAGACCUGCCAUCAUUCACUGACUUCACAGUCUGGACAUUUCCACUUUCGACUGAUGAUGAAGUCAAAAACCGGAUCACCAACUUACUGUGGAUGUCUGGGCCUUAAACAUUUUAUUAACUUUAACAAAUGUUGUGAUUAUUUGUUCAGACAAAUAAUAAUCUAUUAACAGUUACUUUGUCAGCAAAGUAACUGUUAAUAGAGAUAACAGUUACUUUGUCAGCAAAGUAACUGUUAAUAGAGAUUCGCAGAUCUGAGAGCUUUGUAGAGUCAACUCAAAAUAAAGAAACACAUAAAUA